AGUAUCUAUGAGAAUUUUGCUAUGAAUCACGCCAAUUCUUAAAAUGAGCGGGCGAGCAGGGGGAGGGAAAUAUCUUAUCCAUUCAGAAGCAGCGAUUUACAUACACAGUUAAGAGUACAACAAAUUAUUAACAACAUAACAAUGAAUUUAGAUAAGUUAUCAAUAUUCCAAUGCAACAGUCACUGAAGUCUGAAUUCCGCUUAGUUAAAAAAGAAGGGAAGAAAUCCGGAACAGAAGUGGCUGUUAUGUGCAUUUCAUUAAAUGUGAACAGUGUAAGCGUGAAUGGAGGAGUAAGAAUUUGUGCUAUUAACAAGUGCGAAAUUCUGUAAUGCCGAAUUGAACGAAAAAUAGUUAAAAAAGGCUUUAGAAGGUGUAUUGAUUGGGAUACCAUUUAGUAAAUUCAACAAAUAUGGAUAAUCAAAAUGACUUUCCUGCACCCUCCAAUUCUAGUGUAGGAAGUAAUGAUUUUCCAAUUUUACCCCCGCCACCGUCCGCUUCAUCACCUCCGUUCCUUAGAGAAAAUAAUCAACCAAAUUUAGCGCAGAAGCGGUUACAGCAAACGCAGGCAAAAGUUGACGAGGUCGUUGGAAUCAUGCGAGUAAAUGUAGAGAAGGUAUUGGAGCGCGAUCAAAAAUUAUCUGAGUUAGGAGACCGUGCCGACGCUUUGGAGCAAGGCGCCUCUCAAUUCGAGCAACAAGCCGGUAAAUUAAAACGUAAGCAGUGGUGGGCCAAUAUGAAGAUGAUGAUUAUUAUGGGUGUGAUCGGUGUAGUGCUGCUUAUCGUAAUCAUAGUGUCUUUUAUGCCUUCGGGAAGCAGCUCCGACCAUAAGGAAAAUCUUCAACUACCCGCGGAUAAUUCUAAUUAAAAUCCGCUUAAAUAAU